AUGUCAACACCUGUACAGGUGGAGCCCAUCAUGGAGAAGAGGUACGGAGGAGUUGGCCGCUGCAAGUGUUCAUUCUGGUUCGCAGUAGCCCACGACAUACUUGGUGUCUUGAUUAUAAUGAUUGGGGUGUUUGGAGGACUGGUUAUCCACGAUCUGUUUGUCUACGGCGGGGCCAUUAUCCUCUUCCUCAGCCUGAUCUGGUGGGUGUUCUGGUACACGGGGAACAUCGACGUGCCGCCGGAGGAGCUGGAGGACGACGUGGGCAUGACGAAGCAGAAGAACCGUGGACUGAGCCGGGCGGUGAGGCGCUUGUCUGAUCGCCUCGCCAGCGGGAUCAGGAACUCCUUCAGAAAGAGCGGCAGGCUGGUUAGACAGGGGCCCCCGGGCGACAACGGAUUUGUAAACGCUGGUGCAGAUGUGUCGCUCUCUACAAUCUAUGACGGCACCCUGGCUUCUACUUCAAACGAAUUUGUGAGAGAGACACUGUCAGUCUGA